UAUCACAGUAUGAAUGGCAGAUAGUUUUGUGAAGUGUGUUGAUAUUAUCAACUUGAUAAACAGUCUAAUUUUAUUAGUUCUGUUGCUGGAGUUGGACUUUGGCAGAAAUUGCAGCUGUGAAAAGUAAAUUUAAACAGCCCAAGAGGCUGUUUCAGAGUUUGUAUUGCUUUUUGGAAGGAAGCCAAUAUUUGGCUGAAAAAAAACAAAACAAAACACCUAUCAGAAAUAGAACAGAAACUUUAGAAGUGGUCAAAUCAACAAUUUGGUAUAUUCUUAAAAAAAAAAAAAAAGGAAUACACUGGCGAGCUCAGCAACACCAAAAGGCAUGGAAGACCAUGGACGACAACUAAAGUGGAUCAUUGUAGAAUUAUUUCCUUGAUGAAGAAAAACACCUCACAACAUCUAGCCAAGUCAGGAACACUCUGGAGGAGGUAGACAUAUCAUUGGGAAAAGCUUACCACCAGGGAUUUAUUUCUGAAGAGAGCAGACCAAUGACAGCCUUUGUUACUCCAUGAGGACUCUAUGAGUGGAUAUGCAUCCCUUUCGGCCUCAUGAAUGCCCCUGCUGCUUUCCAACGCUGUAUGGAGGAAUGUUUGGAAGGGCUAAAAGUGUUGAAACGCCUCAGAAAGUAUGGCAUCAAACUCAAACCAAGUAAGUGCAACCUCUUUAAAUCUGAAGUCCGUUAUUUGGGGAGAAUUGUCUCUGCAGAGGGAAGUAGAGUUGAUCCAGCAGACUUUGAAGCAGUUAGGGCCUUGAAAGACAUCAGACCACAGAAUGUGGGCCAGCUCAGAAAAAUGCUUGGGUUACUCACCUACUACAGGCAGUACAUUAAAGACUUUUCCAGAAAGGCCAGUUGCCUGUACGAGCUAUUGAAAGCAGAUUCAAAUGAGGUCCCUGAAAACACAAGAAAACCAAAAACAAAGAAAAUGACUCAUGUUGUGCCCUCAAACAAGCCAAUCAUGUGGACCGACCAGCACUAGCAGGCACUUGAACAGCUGAUUGAUUGUUUGCUCCAUCCACCAGUGUUAGGGUUCCCUGAUUUCACUCAGCUGUUCAUAGUACAUACUGACGCAUCACAUCAAGGCUUGGGAGCAGUAUUGUAUCAAAAACAAGAUGGCAAACUGAGAGUCAUUGCCUAUGGCUCCCGCUCGUUGACAGCAGCUGAGAAGAACUACCACUAUCAUGCAGGCAAGUUAGAAUUUCUAGCUUUAAAAUGGGAAGUCACUGACAAGUUCCGGGAUUAUUUGUACUAUGCUCCAACCUUCACUGUGUAUAGUGACAACAACCCGCUCACGUAUGUCCUGUCCACUGCAAAACUGAAUGCAACCACUUCCAGGUGGGUUGCAGAGUUGGCUGAUUUUUACUUCACGAUAAAGUACAGACCAGGGAAAGAGAACAGUGACGCAGAUGCUUUGUCAAGGAUGCCACUGGAUGCAGAGUCACUGAUGAGAGAAUGUUCUGAGGAGUUGCCACCUGACGCCAUCGCUGCCACCAUUCAAGCUGUUCAGGUUCAAGAAGCGACCCUGCCAUUUUCAGCUAUAUGUAUGUCAGUCUCCACCGGAGGUGAGAUAACCACUGCAUCAGUCAGACCUAUACCAAAAGAUAAGUUAAGAGAUGCACAAAGAUCAGACCCAUGCAUCUGUCCUGUGCUAGAUAGUAAACUGUCAGGCUCCAAACCGCUACCUAGAGAGCUAAAGACAUUCAGCCCAAAGACAAAAUGCCUGUUCAGAGAAUGGGAAAAGCUGACAGUAGACAGUGACGACAUUCUGUACAGGAAAACCAAAGCCCACAAACAGUUGGUCCUACCAGAACAGUACAAAGGAAAAGUACUGGAAGAGCUGCACAAUAACAUGGGACACCAAGGUGCUGACUGCACAGUAUCUCUAGUACGUGAACGCUUCUUCUGGCCCGAUAUGCAAUCUGACAUUGAGCACUAUGUGACAAAAGCUUGCACCUGUCUCAAGCAGAAAAAGCCAUGCCAUGAAAUGAGAGCUCCCUUGGCAAAUAUUGUGACAACACAGCCAUUUGAACUCAUAUGUAUUGAUUUCCUCCAUCUUGACUGAUGCAAAGGUGGAUACAAGUACACCCUUGUCAUUGUUGACCAUUUCACCCGUUUUGUUCAAGCAUAUGCCGCCACGUCAAAGUCAGGGAAAACUGCUGCACACCUCAUCUUCAAUGACUUUGCUGUCAAGUUUGGGUUUCCCUCAAACUGCAUUCAUCAUGACCAAGGGGAAGAGUUUGAAAAUCAGUUGUUCACUCACUUAAAGAAACUCAGUGUCAUGGCUGGGUCCAGAACAACACCAUAUCACCCGAUGGGAAUGGCAAAGUGGAGCAGAUGAACAGGACAUUGUUGCAAAUGCUUAAGACGCUGACUGAAACACAGAAAUCGAACCGGAAAGAGUCUCUGAACAAACUGGUGUAUGCCUAUAACUGUACCUGUUGUGAAGUGACAGGUUACUCACCAUUCUAUCUGCUGUUUUGGAGAUCACCUAGGCUUCCAGUUCACAUGCUGUUCAGACUGUACACAGAGUCAGGAUCCAGUCAACCAGACUAUGUGGAGAAAUGGAAAUGGGGUAUGGAGGAAGCAUACGCCAUUGCAAAUGAGAAUGCUCAGACAGCUGCUGAAAGGAGUAAAAGGUAUUAUGAUACCAAAGUGAGGAGUUCAGUGCUACAGCCUGGUGAGCGGGUCCUGAUGAAAAACCUGACACCAAGAGGAGGACCAGGUAUACUCCGUGACUACUGGGUAAAAUACAGUUCACACAGUGGUGAGACAAAUGGGAUCUGAUCUGAUGAUCUUUGAAGUGAGACCAGAAAAGGGUAAGGGACAUUCCAGGGUCCUGCAUAGAAACCUGCUCAUGUCCUGUGAUCACUUACCUUUUGAGACACAGCCUGAAGUAACUAAUAAUUACAAAAUAAACAGAAAAGAAGGCACACACAUGUGUCACAGCCAGAAGACUCAGAUGAAGUCAGUGGAGAUGAAUGUGACCUUCAUUAUGAGCCAAUUCAGGUCCACACACCACCAGCAGCAUUUACUGAAAAACAUGUUAAGCAAGAGAGACAUCCUGAACAUGAGCCUGAACACAGUAGAACAGAGAGUUGAACUAGCAGUCCCUGUUGCCAUGCCAACCCAGCCUCUCAUUGGAGAUCAGCCGGAAGAGCUCAUCACACCUGAAAACGUGUCGGAUGAGGAGAUGAAUGUACCUGCAAAGAAUCUGCCUGAUUCACCUGAUGCCUCUCCUGCAUCAAGUGCUGCUGAACCUGAGGAGCUGACCUACCAGCUACCACAGAGUGAGAGACACCCGCCAAGGCACAUCACCUACGAUCAGCUGGGUACUCCAUCCUGCUAUAGUAUCCAGCCACAGCCGCAGUUGUUGCCUUUCUACCCUGCACCAGGACUGGUCCCAUGGUUGCCACCCUUGCAGCCAUACUACCUUACCAUACAACCUUCAGCCACCCUGUAUGUAUGGACUCCAGCAAACACUGCACAGAUCAUUGAUACCGAUGGACUGUUGAUCAAGAGUAUGUGCAAAGACUCUUUAUGGACUGUUUAUACAAUAGCCAGUCAACAGAUAUGGACUGUGAAUAUGGACUGUUGACAUAUUUGAACUGUGACCUUUGACCUAAUUACCACCUUAUAGAAGAGGAUUUCCAGUGUCAAGUUCUUGAGAGACUGUUUAAAGGAAAAUUGUUUGAUUUAUUUAACGUAGAGACAACAUUUACUUUGUAGGGGAGAGUGUAACAAGUUAAAUAGUCAAAUGUUUAAAAAAGAGAGUUAAAAGAGUAUUUAUUUUUCGCUGUUGUUCCAUUUUAAUGUGUUAAUACAUUGAUGAUUUAAGUAAGUAUAACGCUGAUCAGUCAUCUAUUAGGAUGGUCUGAAUCCUGCACUCUGGGAUCGAUUGCUUUAGUCUCCGCCCACAUACCUGGAGGAAAAGCGAUAAUUUUCUAUUCGAGUAAAGCUCUCGUGGAAGUAACACCGACCGUCAUGCUUGUGACUUAUUUCUCCUCUAUAUAGGUAUGUUGUGCAGGUUUAACUCGACUGUUUUAUCUGUGUUGACUUGCUGACAUAUUGAGACGUACUUAUAUUUUGUUUCUGAUAGUUUUUGAGUAGAUAUAAGUAAGUUUUUUCGUGUCUGUGUACGCGCACACGUGCAGGUCCUCGCCUUGUACUGAAAACCAGAACAGCGCUAGCUUGUGUUUAGCCGUAAUUUGAACAUGUGGACAUGAAAGGCGUAUUUUUAUGUGUACUUUUAUUUAAAUAAUGUUUAAUGCACUUUAGGUUUACUGUUUUGAACAACUUUUUGUUUGUGUAUAUUGUUGUAUUUUUGACUAUUGAUUCGAGUAAAGCUUUUGUGGAAGUAACACCGACCGUCAUGCUUGUGACUUAUUUCUCCUCUAUAUAGAUAGGGGGACAACAAUCACACUUGACGAAUUGCGUGAAGCCGUGUGAAUAAAUAUGCAUUCUUAAAGGCCACAUCUGUACUAUGAUUACAAGAUUGACUCACCUGUUUCAAAUCACCUUCUUAUUUUAACUUGUCACAUGUCUAUUAGUCCUAAAUUGCCCCUGUCCCAACGUCUUGGAAUGUGUUGCAUGCAUCAAUUUCAAAAUAAAUGUUUACCUUCAAAAACUAUGCAGUUGAUUAGGUAAAAAAAUCAAAUACCUUGUCUUUAUACAUUUUUUGUUUAAAUCAAAGUCAAAGUACAUUUACAAAUCACUCCUCUUUGUUUUUAUUAUCAUUUUCCAUACUGUCCCAACUUUUUUGGAAUUGGGGUUAUAGU